CCCGCUCUUCUAUUGGGUUUUACAUGAACUGCAGAGCACGAAAUAAAGAGGCCUUCAGUCAUUGGGCCAUUGUGUGAAUCUCCUUUUGGCUUCUCUGCCGACUGAAUUAGCGUCCCAGGAUUUUCGUCAUGACUCUUAAAUCUGGGCUUGUCAAUUCGGCCCAGCGUUCCCGGUCUCUAGGAACAGCAUGGGACUUUCAGAGUUUAGCCAAUCACAUAACGUUGAGAUCAGGUUGCCAGGCAGAUUAUGCUAAUAAGACCCCGCCUUUUAUGCUGCUCCCACUCUGCGGCGGGAAGAACCACCUGGAGGCGGCGGGGGGGUUUGAUUUCCAUCACCCCUAGGGAGAGAGGAUCCGGGACCCGCUGAUCUUCCAGCUCCCCUCACCCAACGUCGUGGUGCUGCGAGACCUUCCUGCCCUGGAUGAGCACACGUGUACAGGGUGUAGGGCACAGAGGAGUGCUCUCUGUCCUGUGCUGCUGCUGUAGGUGGGCCAGACCUGGAGCUGUCCAACAAGGAGGGAAUGGAUCCCAAAGAUGAAAGCGCUCAUGUGUGGCCAACGUCUGCAGACCAUGAACAGAGCACUGCACAGGUGCACUUUGUUCCGGAUGCCGGAACUGUGGCUCAGAUUGUAUACACUGACGAUCAAGUCCGUCCACCCCAGCAGGUGGUGUAUACAGCAGAUGGUGCCUCCUACACGUCAGUGGACGGUCCAGAGCACACACUGGUCUACAUCCACCCUGUGGAAGCUGCACAGACUCUGUUUACAGACCCAGCCCAGGUAGCUUAUGUCCAACAGGAUGCCACAGCUCAACAGGUGCUGCCUUCCAUUGAGAGUGUGCAUGGUUCCGACCCUCUGGCGACUCUGCAGAACCCCAUUGCCAGACUAGAUGCAAAAGAGGAAGAGGAAGAAGAAGAAGAUGAGGAUGAGGAUACAGAGGAAGAGGAGGAAGAGGAUGCUGAAGACACGGAUGUGGAGGACUGGCAGCCUGACCCACCCCGGCCUUUUGACCCCCAUGACUUGUGGUGUGAGGAGUGUAACAAUGCACAUUCUUCGGUGUGCCCAAAGCAUGGCCCCUUGCAUCCCAUCCCUAACCGGCCUGUGCUCACCCGGGCAAGAGCGAGCCUGCCUCUGGUCCUCUACAUAGAUAGGUUCCUCGGAGGAGUGUUCUCCAAAAGACGGAUCCCCAAGCGCACCCAGUUCGGCCCAGUGGAGGGACCGCUGGUCAGGGGAUCAGAGCUGAAAGAUUGCUACAUUCAUCUCAAGGUUUCUCUUGAUAAAGGAGACAGAAAAGACAGGGAUUUGCAUGAAGACCUGUGGUUUGAGUUGUCCGAUGAGACUCUUUGUAACUGGAUGAUGUUUGUGCGCCCAGCCCAGAACCACCUAGAACAGAACCUGGUAGCUUACCAAUAUGGCCACCAUGUGUAUUACACAACAAUAAAGAACGUGGAGCCCAAGCAGGAACUGAAGGUGUGGUACGCUGCAUCCUACGCUGAAUUCGUGAAUCAGAAAAUCCAUGAUAUAUCUGAAGAAGAGAGGAAAGUUCUUCGAGAGCAAGAGAAGAACUGGCCGUGCUAUGAGUGCAAUCGGCGGUUUAUCAGCUCAGAGCAGCUGCAGCAGCAUCUCAAUUCUCACGAUGAGAAACUAGAUGUGUUUACCAGAACUAGAGGGAGAGGAAGGGGUCGAGGUAAGAGGAGAUUUGGUCCUGGCCGGCGACCUGGGCGUCCUCCAAAAUUUAUCCGUUUGGAAAUCACCAGUGAAAAUGGGGAAAAAAGUGACGACGGAACACAGGACUUGCUGCAUUUCCCUACAAAGGAGCAGUUUGAUGAGGCAGAACCAGCUGCUCUGAACGGACUAGAUCAGCCAGAACAAGCGUCCAUCCCAAUUCCUCAGCUGCCACAGGAAACCCCACCUUCUCUGGAGCAGGAACCAGAAACUCACACCUUGCACCUGCAGCCACAGCAAGAGGAGAGCCUCGUGCCUACCCAGACCACUCUGACAGCCGAUGACAUGCGCAGGGCCAAACGCAUCCGAUUGGAGCUGCAGAAUGCAGCUCUUCAGCAUCUGUUUAUCCGGAAGUCCUUCCGGCCUUUUAAGUGUCUGCAGUGUGGGAAGGCCUUCCGGGAAAAGGACAAACUGGACCAACACUUGCGCUUCCAUGGGCGGGAGGGGAACUGCCCGUUGACCUGUGAUCUCUGUAACAAGGGCUUCAUCAGCAGCGCCUCCUUGGAGAGCCACAUGAAGCUCCACUCGGACCAGAAGACUUACUCUUGCAUUUUUUGCCCAGAAUCCUUUGACCGCCUUGAUUUGUUGAAAGAUCAUGUGGCCAUUCAUGUCAAUGAUGGCUGCUUCACCUGCCCAACUUGUAAGAAACGGUUCCCAGAUUUUAUCCAGGUGAAAAAGCACGUGCGAAGUUUCCACUCUGAGAAGAUCUACCAGUGUACAGAGUGUGACAAGGCCUUCUGUCGCCCCGACAAGCUGAGACUGCACAUGCUCCGGCAUUCCGACCGCAAGGACUUCCUGUGUUCCACCUGCGGGAAGCAGUUUAAGCGAAAAGACAAACUCCGGGAGCACAUGCAAAGGAUGCAUAACCCCGAGAGGGAGGCCAAGAAAGCUGACCGCAUCAGCCGUUCCAAGACCUUCAAACCACGGAUCACAUCCACAGACUACGACAGCUUCACGUUCAAGUGCCGCCUGUGCAUGAUGGGCUUCCGGCGGCGAGGCAUGCUGGUAAAUCACUUAUCAAAGAGGCAUCCAGACAUGAAGAUAGAAGAGGUGCCUGAGUUAACCCUACCCAUCAUAAAACCCAAUCGCGAUUACUUCUGUCAGUAUUGUGAUAAGGUUUAUAAGAGCGCCAGCAAGCGCAAAGCCCACAUUCUGAAGAACCACCCAGGAGCUGAACUCCCGCCAAGUAUUCGGAAACUGCGUCCUGCUGGCCCUGGAGAGCCUGACCCUAUGCUGAGCACCCACACUCAGCUGACGGGUACCAUUGCCACCCCUCCUGUCUGCUGCCCACACUGCUCCAAGCAGUAUAGCAGCAAGACCAAGAUGGUGCAACACAUUCGAAAGAAACACCCAGAGUAUGCCCAGCUUCCCAACACCAUCCACACACCACUGACGACAGCUGUGAUCAGUGCCACCCCAGCUGUCUUAACGACAGAUAGUGCCACUGGAGAGACUGUGGUGACAACAGACCUGCUAACUCAGGCGAUGACAGAACUGUCCCAGACCUUAACAACGGAUUACCGAACACCUCAGGGGGACUACCAAAGGAUUCAGUAUAUCCCUGUGUCUCAGUCAGCAUCGGGUCUGCAGCAACCUCAGCACAUACAGUUGCAAGUGGUGCAGGUGGCUCCGGCCACGUCCCCACAUCAGUCUCAGCAGUCCACAGUGGACGUUGGCCAGCUGCACGACCCUCAGACCUACACGCAGCACGCCAUCCAGGUGCAGCACAUCCAGGUCACAGAGCCCACCCCUGCGGCUCCGUCAGCAUCCCAGGUAGCUGGGCAGCCAUUGAGCCCCUCUGCUCAGCAGGUACAGCAGGGGCUCAGCCCCUCCCAUAUCCAAGGCAGUUCUUCCACACAAGGGCAGGCUCUCCAGCAGCAGCAGAAUUCCUCUGUACAACACACAUACCUCCCCAAUGCUUGGAACUCCUUCCGUGGUUAUUCAUCUGAAAUUCAAAUGAUGACACUGCCCCCAGGUCAGUUUGUGAUCACAGACAGUGGUGUGGCAACCCCUGUUACUUCUGGGCAAGUGAAAGCAGUGACUCCGGGUCAUUAUGUGUUAUCAGAAAGCCAGCCAGAAUUGGAGGAAAAGCAAGCCUCUGCUCUCUCUGGAGCAGUCCAGGUUCAGCCUUCUGCACACAGUGACUCCCUGGACUCCACAGGCCCCAGCCAACAGCAGACUACACAGUACAUCAUCACAACCACCACCAAUGGCAACGGGGGCAGCGAAGUGCACAUCACCAAGCCGUAGCCUUCAUCCCACAGCUGGAGUCCAGAGCUCACACCACAAUUUUGGAAUCUGAAGCUCCAAACACCUCGUGACCUCUUUUUAAAGAUUUAUUACUCUCUCAAGCGGUUGAAAACUGCAGUUUUGACAACGUAGACCAAGGGUGAUUUUUGCCAAGGUCACCUUGAGUCAAUUGACUCUUCAAACCCUUGGGAUUUCUGCCAUGGAAUGCAGCUCUUUCAGGGGAAAGUUAACUUCUAGAUGGAGGAACUUGCGCCUUGCUCUUGAGCUGGUUGUUUGUUUUGUUUUUGUUUUUGAACACACUGACAAGCCUUACUUGCCCUUUGUGGAAAUACUCAGUGGCUGGUAUUAUGUUCAUACCAAAGGUGGAGACAGGAUGUACCAAGUCUGUGGCCACUGGACUUCUGAUAUCCAAGCUAUGGCAUCAAAAAAGAAGGAACAUUUAUUUUAUGGGUGUGAUUAGGUCAGAACCGCUAUAUCUCAUGCAUUGAGUUUUCAGUAAUUUUAACAAAGGCAGCUAGCUUAUUGGAGGUGAAAUUAAAAUAAGAUAAAGGUUUGGUGGUGGUGCUCUGAACGAAACUGUCAUCUAAAUUUUUCUUAUUGCUGAUCUCUCUCUCUCUCUUUUUUUUUCUCUCUCUCUCUUUCCUAUAUGGGGCCUCUGCUGCCCAGUAUAGCCCUGAGCUUAUGGGCUCAUGGGAUCCUCCUGCCUUAGCGGCCCACGUAGCUGGGACUACAGUCAGGCACUGUCAUGGCAGUUGUUUUUAAACUACCUUGUUUCAGAAAACCUGAAACCUGGGCAGCAGCAGUCUCUCCACAAAUGCUGUCCCCAGGCCGAUCUGGCCUCACGGUCCACAGGCAGACUCCCUGGAAGACAAAAGGACGCAUGAUCCGAACAGGAGUUGAGCCCCUUUGUUAAAGCUCUGCCUCCAGGCUUUGGGUAUAUAUAGCUGUGUUUAAGAAGGAGAUAUAGUUCUACGAAAAAUAUAUAAAUUAUAUAUAUAUGUACAGACAUAUAUAUACAAAUACAUACAUACUUAAGGAGAGAGAAAGAGAGAGAGAGAGAGAGAAUGAGAACUGAAGCCUUGUCCUGCCUUGCGGGAUCCACAUACUGUCCACUUAUAAAGGAUGGGUUCCUUACUCUACAUACAUAAACUCAGGUGUUUAUGUAUAACACUUUUGUGUGUGAUGCUAGAAAUCAGACCCAGGGCCUCUUGCAUGUUAGGCAGGUUCCCCACCACUGAGCUACAACUCCAGCCCCCACCUCGCACUCGGGUUCACAGCAUUGGGUGUAUUUUAGUACUUUCGCUCUUUUGAUGCUGUCUUAAAAAUGAAGAUUCUUUAAGGUUGGGUAGAAAGGUGGCCUUUCUUACUUCUAAGCAUUUUAAACUUUGAGCCUGUCAUUAACUCACCCAGACCUUGAUCUAAGACCUUGAUCUAACUUCCCACUGAGGGCAAAAAUAAAAAUAAAGGGACCAUUGUAAUAGGCUGAGAUAAAGGGAUGGGUGUGAAGGAAUAUUAACGCAGUUAGUUCUGAGAGGAACGCAGUUGUAUGUAUGAUAGUGGUCUUCUAUGUAUUCCUUUUUGGGAGUCGUGUUUGCUGUGGAUCUAGUGGGGAGGUGUCGCCCUUUUUUUAUGACGCAUUCCAGUUGUACCCAUAAGACAUCUUCAAAGCCUGUAUUUUAACAACUUUUGUGACAUAUUUAAAAAUAAUUAUUGUAGAGUGAAUUUAUCACUCCAGAUCAGGGACACCUAAGUUCAUUUCAAAUGAAGUUAACUAAUUUAUUUUAUUUACAUUUCUAAGGAAAAACUGGGUCUGUGGUUUAAGAUAUAGAGUAACUUUUGGGUGGUAAAGAUGCCUUCCUGAAAAGUAAUCAUUUGGUUUGAAGUCACUUUAUUUAUUAUGUAGAUCCUGUGCUUUCCUCUUGGGAUCUCAUUCAUAGACCAUGUCUGAAGAUUUGGGCAUGAAAAGAACCUGGGAAAAUUACCUCAAAAAAAUGCGUGGAAACUGAAAAUGGACUCUGUAUUUUUGCCAACAAAAAGGUAACAGUAAUUUUAACAUGAAAUGUUGACUCCAGUCACAAAAUGCAAGACUCUGUUCCCAAAGUCCUGUGGUGUCAUGACUGUAACUGUCUCAUCGGGUUUUCCAAAAGACUUGUAGUGUUGUAACUAUCCCAGGGUCUCAUCCAGAGAGACUUAGGAGGUAAGGAGCAAUAGACCAUCUCAAAGGUACAGUUGGAGUUUUUGUAAUUUAUAUUUGCCCUGCUGGAGCUGGGCGUGGGAGUGCACACCUUUAAUCCGGCGCUUGGAAGGCUGAGGCAGGAUUCUCUUUGAGUUGGAGGCCGGCCACUCCUACAAAGAGUUCAAGGACUGCUAGGGCUAUACACAGAGAACCCCUGACUUGAAAAAACUACACAAGUAAAUAAAUAAAUUUGAUCUGUUGGAUUCUCUUUAAUGUGAGCCAGCAAGGUAUCUCCCCUCUUCUCAGGAAUAACCCAGUGAUUAAAAUAAAGCCAAUCACUGAAGGAAUGUUGGUUUUAUGCCAGUUAUUUUUAACUUUUAAAAUACACAGAGGAAAAUACUCUUGAAGGACCUUUUCAUCUCUUUCUCUUUUUUUGGUCCUUAUAUGAAAUAAGUAGAUUCCAGAAUAUACACCAUCACUAUUCUAAGAUCAGGUAUUUUUAUGAAUUUAUCCCGAGGUGACAGAAGAGAUGGCAGAGUAUAACCCCUCUGACAGCCCAGUCUGGGAAACAUGUGGCCAAGGUUUCUAUGGUGAUCUCUCCCUCCCAGACACAUUGACACUGUAGACUGCAUUCAUUACAGUGGGAAUAUUUUGAAGUGGGUUGGAUGUAUAUUUUUUUUUUUUUACAUUUUUAUUGUUUAGUUUGUGCCCAGAAAAAUGGUUAUUUCAUCAUGUAACAUUCCUAUUUUUCUGGAAAGACUUUUCUGUUUUGAUGUUCUUGAAUUAUUUUCUGACCUGGAAUUAUCCUUUCAAAAAAAAUUCUUAAAAGAUGUAGAGCUAAAAAGUACCUAAUGAGAAGCUGAAGCUGGCCCAUUGGUUGAAAGUAUUGAUUCUAUCUUGUUAUUUAAAUGUGAACAUUUAUUGUAUAUUCAGUGAGUUAUAGUGUUAAUAGUCUUGUGCUACCCAGCAGGUGUAAAAACUUAAUAAAUAUUUUUUUAAUAAGCA